GAACCACAGAUCAGCACUGAAAGAUGGACCCAAGCGGCAGCGUGUGUCGCUUUGGACACGUUGGUUUGUUAUGAGGCAGACUGCGGCCUGAGAUCCCCGGGAGGCGGGGUCCUCCACUCUGUUCCUCAGUCCUGGUUCCCCACAAAGAGGAAGCAGAACCUCCAGAACCUCAGACUGCCACAGGCGAUGCCUGCUUUCAACUUCUGAAUUACCUGCUGGUGUCCUACGAAGCUAAUGAAGCUAACUUAGCCUGCUAGCUGGAAACAGACGGAGGCGGACGGGAUUUGGCAGCACGUCGGAGUGACCAAACUGGUUUUAACGGAGUGUGUGGAGGAAAAGAUGCUGCUGUGACUUUGUGAAAAUGUCACACAAACUACUGGACGCAGUUUUCCAGCCGGAAGUCCGCUUACACAGAGCAGUGGUCGCCAUGGAUACGGCAGGUGUGACAGACAGGUGGCGGGUCGUUCAGACUGCGGUGGAUUAUUCUGUGAUCACAUCGACUCUGAAAAGUUUGGAGCUGCUGAAACGUCGAAGCGACGUGUUCAGUGUGACCACUAGAGGGCGCCGAAGAACUGCGUUGAACAAGAAAUCAGGCUUCAGGACAGGAAGUGAGGACGGCGGGGAAGACCCAGGACCUGUGGAGGACACCUGGUCCGGCAACACCUGGGGGACCCUGAAGGCCAAACUGGAUGCAACAGGACCUGGAUCUACAUCGUGGAAAGGCCGCCCUCUGCUUUGAACCGACUCACAUCCGACUGACCAAGGACGACUUUCAUCCCUGGCAGGAAUGUCCACUGAGACGGAAAAGAAGCAUGGCGUCUCCCUUCAAAAUCCCCAAGAAGAAACAGACUGCAGGUUCUGACUCUGCAAAUGUGCACAUGCAGUCACCGCUGUCCCGGAUCCAGAACUCCACCCCAGAACUUAAGGUGUCUGGUUAUGGCAAUCAGUCCAGCAGAGGUGGAGCUGACAGGAUGCAAGCUGGGAGCGCGUUCGGAUCCUCAACAAGCAGACAGAGCGAGCAGUGCAAGCCUUUCUUCAGGGAUGUGGUCAAAACCCUGCUGGGACUCAACAGCCCAGAGACGGGAGCAUCGAAAGCUGAUCAGCGAGCAACAGGACGUGGGAGCCAUUGGUCACAGCCUGGACAGAGAGCUGAGUCGUCCUCCGCUUCAAACGGGUGGCGCCCUAAGAGAGCUUCAGAUCGCCUGCUGCAGCCUGGCGCCUCCUCAGCACCUCUGUCUCCCCCACAGAAGAAGAGUGAACUCGGUGGUUCGUCCCUGGCGACUAAACGCGUCUGUGUGGAGUCUCUGGACUCUCUGGCAGAGCUGCGAGGUGAGCAGCGAGCUCGCCGUUGGAGUUUUCCGCUCAGGCGGGACGCUGCUGAGGGGAAGGAAAAGAGCGACACAGGAAGCUCUCCUGAACCUUUAAAGCAGCAGAAGAAGAACUCGUCUCUCUCCAGUUUGGAUCAGACGUCUGACGAGGACUUCGUGUCUCCGUCCAGAAAGACAAACAAACCCUCAGCAGUUAAAUCCCCUCCCAGAGACGCCCGCAGACCCUCCGUCUCCUCGGCGACUCUGCCGUUGAGGACGACGCCCGAUAGGAGGCAGAGUCUCGGCAGGACGUCGCGGCUCGGCGCCAGCAGCGACCUGAGGGACGACCCGAGGGAGAAGGAGAGACAGAAGUGGAGGGAGUUCAGAGAGAAGAAGACGUCUAACAUGUCGGUCGUCCUGCGGCACCGACUGAGAAAACCUGCGUCUGCUCCGACUCCGACAGAACCCAUCGUGCUGUCCAGUGAGGAGGAGGAGGCUGAGGACGAUGGAGGAAAGACGUUACGACGCAGCAGGCGGGCGGAGGAAUCCCGUCCAGGAGGCUCAGAGCAGGUUCAGGGUCGACAGGCUUCUUCUUCCAGAGCUGAAACAGACGACUUUGACCCGCCGCCGCCUUCCUUCUUACAGCUCAGGUUCGCCUCGCUUCACGCCGGGCUGACGCACGCUGACGCCAACGGGGAGAUGAUGAUCACCGAAAACAGCAUCACAAUCCCUUUGAAAGGAGACGAGGAGGGGGAGGUCAUCGUGGUGGCGUCUCAGGUCCGGCGCUACGGCGUCUGGGACGGGGGCGUGGCUCAGGACGGGGCUCUGUUGGCUGGUUGCAAAGAUCCCGCCCCCUCGCUGCUCUUCCUGUGGGUGACCGACGCUCAGGCCAACCUGCUGCAGACGGAGCUGUCCGCCAUCCAGACGUCCACCAGCGUUUCAGGCCCGUCGUGCUCCUUCCUCCUGCUGGUGUUGAAGGAGCAGCUGCAGGAGCUCCAGGCCGCCCUGCUGGCCUCCAUCCUGGACAUGGAGGAGUACAGGAAGGGAUGCUCCUCCUGUGGAGGGCCAGCCUCCCCUCUGGAGUGGGCAGACGGUCUGCUGCUCCUCCACAGCUGUCCUCCUCCUGUGGACCAGCACCUCCUCAGACUGCUGGGAUGCUCUGCGGACAAAUCCAGUGAGGUGAGAAACAACCAGAGGAGUAACACGUCCAGCCUGAGAUCCUUUGGUGUGCAGCAGCUUCCCACCAGGUUGAUCCAGUAUCCGGCGGCGCCCUGUAAAGGCCGGAUCACAGUGACCAAGGAGGACCUCGCCUGUCUGGACGGCGGCGAGUUCCUCAAUGACGUCAUCAUCGACUUCUACCUCAAGUACCUCCUCCUGGAGGGAGUCGGAGGCCCGGUGGCUGAGCGGAGUCACGUCUUUAGCAGUUUCUUCUACAAACAGCUGAGCAGACGGAGAGCCGCCGGAGAGAACGACGCCCCGUCUGUCCCCGAUCGCCACACGAGGCACCAGAGGGUAAAGACGUGGACCCGCCAUGUCGACAUUUUCACCAAAGACUUCCUGUUUGUGCCUGUCAAUCAAGAAGCUCACUGGUACCUGGUGGUGGUCUGUUUUCCCGGUCUGGACGACGUUCGGCACGAGACGUUUCGAAGGCCGACAGGUGGACCAAAGCGAGCUGCGGAGAAACCGUCCUUCAGUCCGAGGUCGCAGCAGCCACCAGAGUGUGUGGAGCAGGGCUGCCACAGGAACACCGUGCUGAAGAGGCCGUGCAUUCUGGUCAUGGACUCGCUGAAGCUGUCGUACCACGAGAACGUCUGCAGGCUCCUCAGAGACUACCUGCAGGUGGAGUGGGAGGUGCGGAGGGGGACUCCUCGUCUCUUCACGUCGGACAGCAUGAGGAGCUCAAACUGCCGGGUUCCUCAGCAGGACAACAGCAGCGACUGCGGUGUGUACCUGCUGCAGUACGCCGAGAGCUUCCUGCAGAACCCCGUGGUGCACUUCGACCUCCCGGUAUGUUUGGACAACUGGUUUCCGCGGCAACGGGUGCGACAGAAGCGCGAGGAGAUCCGCAGUCUGAUAAUGAGGAUGCACCAGAGUCAGGAGGAAGAGACCAAAACCUCACCGAGCCGUUAAAGCGCCUGUGCAGUAAAUCGUUUCUAUUUUUCUACGCUGUUCACAUGUUUUUACUUGCUGUCACAGAAUUUGAAAUGAUAAAUGAAAAACUCUAACAAAGUCUUUUGGUUUUGAGGCAUUUCAGAGGAGUGUGGCUCUUAUUUUGAGUUUAAACCUGCAGGAACCUUUAGACUCUGAUUCCUGCAGUGAAAAUAAAUUCUUCUAAUAAAUUAUUUAAUAAAUUAAA